GAAGAAGAAGAAGAAGAAGAUGAAGAAGAAGGAGAAGAUGAAGAAGAAGAAGCUCCGUCCGAAGAAGAAGACGAUGUCUCUGGUCGGAGAGAAGAAGAUGCUCCUCUAACCGUCCGUCCGUCCCAACAUGGCCGACGACCUCUACAGCAGCACCUUCUCCGCUUCUGAGUCAGACUUCUCCUCCUCCUCCUCUUCCUCCUCCUCCUCUUCCUCCGCCGCCGCCUCCUUCCUCACGCUCGAGCAGCGCGCGGCCUUCAUCUUCGUCCUCAUCCUCUUCAUCUUCCUGGGCCUGCUGAUCGUGCGCUGCUUCCGGAUCCUUCUGGACCCGUACCGCAGCAUGCCGUCCUCCACCUGGACGGACUACAUGGAGAAGGACACCUUCGACUACCGGAUUUCCUGACAGGCAGCCUGAGAGGCAGCGACCCCGACGACCGGCGAGGUUGAGCUGAGGCGACGAUGGCGCUGACGGAGCAGAGACACCGGCACACGUUUACCCCCCCACACACACACACUGUGGUGGUUGCUAUGGCGACCAGACCAGCAGACGGCAUGAUGGGCAAGUUAGUCCCAAAUUAAAAGAAAAAACGUAUUGUUCAGACCAAGUUUAUCUGUGGUCGUCAUGGCGACCCCUGUUAGCCUUGAUGGGCAGCGAGACGACAACAUCCACGUUUACAAGUUUAGACUCGACAAAAUCAAACAUCUUGACUUAAAAGACGCUGAUUGAGAAUUAUAUUACCGCCGUAAAGUUCUUUAUAUUCUAAAAUGAUCGUAAAAAUCUUCAUUUUUGUGACAACAAACUAAUUUUCAGAUGCAUUAAAAACUAAAUAAAGGAUAGAUUCAUUCA